AUGUCAGAGCCCCAAAGUCGGCAGGCAAGUGACAAAACUCCACCGGGAACUCCUGAAAGAAGGCGACAUACUUUUAGUAUGAGCCACUCUCCAUCAAGACGUAGGUCAACUCCCCAAACGGUUUAUGGAGAUCGAUACAUACCAACACGCACUGGCAUCGACCUACAGGCAGCUUUUAGUUUACAGGGCACGGUUACCCAUGAUGCAGAAGAAAUAAGAAGGGAGACCGCCGCUGAGACUACGGAUACUAAUGAUCUUAACUAUAUACGGCAGCUGGAGGCUGAUAGAACGUUCAACCGGAUUUUGAAGACUGAACUUUUUGGAGAUCAGCUGUCCAUACAAAAUUCAGACCCAAACUCUGCCCAGCUCAACACAACAAUCGUUUCCCCUCAAACACCCCCAAGACACACAAGAAUGGAUUCGGACAAUGAAGAUACUCUUGGAGACAUAGAUAGGAUAACCUCAACUAGCGGAAAUGGAAAAGGAAAAGAUGUCCGAAAUCUCUUCUCGUAUAAAUCACCAGGUCGUCGUGGUCCAGGGAUCGGUAUGGGCACUAAAAGUGGUGUUGCCCACAGCAGUGAACUGUAUUCAGUAUCUCCUGUGCGCCAGGAAUCUCAAAGACUACUAUUGUCACCUCAAAAGAAAACAAGGGCUAUAUCUAAGGUAGCCUACCGUGUAUUGGAUGCACCAGAACUCGCUGAUGACUAUUACUUGAACUUAGUUGAUUGGGGAGCUCAAGACAUUUUAGCAGUGGGCCUAGGGUCAAGCGUCUAUCUUUGGGAUGCUGCUAGCGGCUCAGUUUCACGGUUAUGUGAGCUGUCUCCGCGUGAGGCAGUAACCUCUGUGUCAUGGAUACAGGCUGGUACACAUUUGGCAGUAGGAACACAAUCUGGUUUAGUUGAAAUAUGGGACGCCACGACGUCCAAAUGUACAAGAUCAAUGACUGGGCAUUCGGCCCGAACCUCAGCGCUGAGUUGGAACCGUCAUGUUUUGAGUUCUGGUUCAAGAGAUCGCAGUAUCUUACAUCGGGAUGUACGUGCAGCAGCUCACUAUACAAGUCGCAUUGUUGAACACCGCCAAGAGGUUUGUGGCUUACGUUGGAACGUGGAUGAAAACAAGCUGGCCAGUGGUUCCAAUGAUAACCGUAUGAUGGUAUGGGAUGCACUGCGUGUAGAACAGCCCCUUAUGAAAGUUGAAGAGCAUACUGCGGCUGUUAAGGCGUUGGCAUGGUCACCUCAUCAACGUGGAAUACUGGCUUCGGGUGGAGGUACUGCUGACAGACGUAUCAAGGUGUGGAAUACUUUAACAGGAUCCAAGCUGCACGAUGUUGAUACUGGAUCUCAAGUUUGUAAUCUCUUGUGGUCUCGCAAUUCUAAUGAAUUGGUAAGUACUCAUGGAUAUUCUCGAAACCAAGUCGUUAUUUGGAAAUAUCCGCAAAUGAAGCAACUAGCAUCUUUGACUGGUCAUACUUAUCGAGUCCUUUACCUUUCCAUGUCACCUGAUGGAACUACAGUCGUAACGGGGGCUGGAGACGAAACUUUAAGAUUUUGGAACUGUUUCGAGAAGUCACGACAAAGCGGAGGAGGAUCAAUAUUACUAGACGCUUUUAGUCAGCUUCGUUAA